ACAAAAUAUGGCAGCACACACCCCAUAAACGUACACGUGAGAAAGCUAACAUGAACGGAAUUUUUAAGCAUCUUUAGCUUUAUCUGUCCUCACAGAAAGACAUUUUCUCUCAGACUUAACGUUGAGUGGCAAGUACAUUAUCUUGCUUCAAUUGACUUAUUUGUAUGUUUCUGCAUUUCUAAGAAAAUGAAUGUUAGAUAACGAAGGUUAGCUAGUCUUUCCAUAGCUGAAGCGGAAGCGGUCUCUUGACCUUGUUAGCCUUGUAGUCAUAUUAUUGAUUAAAUGUUUUUUCUGUGUAUUAGACUGCAUUUCUGGACAAGAAUAUAAAGUGGAGACGUUUAUUUAAGUAAUGUCUUAACGCGAAUGGAAGAUUAAUAUUUUUUUCUAAACACGUUGGAGUUUGUAGCUAAACAAUUAUGUUGACAUAAAUUGGACUAUAUUGGUGUUUUAUUUACACGCCCGUUCAAUUUACCUUUCCUUCGAUCAUUAUUGAGCCGCAUUAUGUCUGUCAGGGUGACACAAGAAGUCAUGAAAUGGUCCCUGCGCUUUUGCAGCCACAGGUCUCCAUGGCAACGGCGUGGUUUUCUGGUGACAACAGUUAAGAACCCAUCUUUUCCCAGUUUGCAACAGUUUGCACACAUUCUGGGCCCAAGACAGAGCCAAAAAUGGAUUUCCAGGAGUCUUGUCAGUGCUGUGAGGUUCUUAUCACAUGAUAGGAUUCACAGUGAUGAACUGGAGGACAGAAAGCAUACCUCCUCUGAACUAUCGGAGCUGUCACAUCCUGCUCAGAUGCACUUUGAUGAGGCAGUCUCAGAGCAGAAACAGCAGAGGUCUCCUUUCAUGAACCACCUGCAACUCUGUGGCUCCCCAUCAGAUGUUUUAGACCUUACUUGUAAGUACUCUCCUACAGUACGCCAGAUCAGCAACUGUCUGACCCAAAUGUGGUCCAGCCUUAAGAAGAUGUCAGAUGAUCAACGACGCUAUGAGUUGCAGCUGAUGUUUGAACAUCCAGCAUUUGACAAACUUCUGCAAAAGGCGCUUAGCUCUGUUAAUCACAUGCGCAAUGAUGACCUCACUUACUCUCUCUUGAGCAUGGUCAGAUUGGGUGUGCCUCAACGUAGCCGUGUGGUUCAGACUUUCCUUCGAACCUGCCAGGAGAAACUGAACGACUUUGAUGAGAAGAGUCUGUCUAUUUUGGCUUCCUGUCUAGAACAAAUGGAUGACAGUCCCAACGUGGAUGCACUAAAGGACGGCAUGAGGCAGAUAGUCAAGACCCAUCUUCCUGGAAUUAAGAAUGUAAUGACUCUCCAGACCAUGAUCCGUAUUUUGGGAAAAGAUGCCCCGAAGGAGCUUAAAUGGAAACUAGAAAAAAAGGUCUUAUCAAUGACAGACCAUUUCAGCCUUCCCAACGCCCAACACAUGAUCUCCACUAUGGCCACAGUGGGCUUCUACUCCAAACCACUACUGCAGGUGUGCAGUAAAAAAAUCACAGAAAACCUUCAUGGUAUCCCUUUUAAUAGAUUAUAUAAAGUGCUUCAGUCCUGUAAGGAACUUCUCUACAGAGAUGUAGCUCUGCUCACUGGGAUUUCAGACUAUGUCGCUUCCACACUGGAGAUUUGGACUAAUAAACAGCUGCUCCUCUUCCUGUCUGUGUUUGAGGACCUCCACUUCUGUCCUGAUGCCUUAAUGGAGGCCUAUGCUGAGAAAGUGAUCACCAAUCCCGAUGUCCUGACACUUAAAGACCUCCUGUGUGUCCUCAAGGUGUACUCCUUUCUUAACUAUGAUCUACAGCACAGAAGACAACAGUUUCUGGAUUGCCUCAGCCAUGCCCUUGGCUCCUAUCUGCCGAGGAUGUCUGGGUUUUUGUUGUUACAGGCCGUCUACUGUCUCUGUGUGUUGGGUCACUUUCCAGCUGUGCUACUGGAGCAGCUCCUGCAAAGUAGCACAGUAGAGCAACUUUUGGCAUCAAAGCUUGUCAAGAGCCGGGAGAGGAUGUUUCAGACAGUGGAUUUGUGCCUCCGUGUUGACCGUCCUCCUCUUCCUCGGCCCCUGACUGUCCCUACAUCAGUCUUGGGAACAUCCCCUCUUGCCAGCCCAUCAGUUAAUCAAUGGCUCUCGCAGGGGCUGCAGAGCGUGCUGGGGGAUCAGGCUCAAACAAUGCUGCAGGAGAGGGUGGUGGUGGAGAACUUUUACCUCAUAGAUGGUCUUAUAACCAAAUCUGUGCCAAACCAAACGUCUUUGACAGAAGGAAGCGGCUGUGCAGAGGAACAGUGUUCUCCAGCAGAGAGCAGUCAAAGAAUUGCUGUCAUUUAUGCACCCCCCUCUUGUUUUUGCUACGGUACGUCCAAUCCCUAUGGUUACCUUGCUGUCAAGAUCCGUCAUCUAAAGAUCCUGGGUUACACCCCUGUUCUGGUAACAGAGCGGGAUCUACGAUCUGAGUCUGAGGAAGGGAGGAGAGAGAUGCUCAGGGGACUGAUUUUUCCAGAACACCACACAUCAGAAGCACAGCCUAAAACAGAGCACCUUGAAUCCUAAAGUUCAAGCUCUGAUCUGCUUCUCAAAAGUUUGUAAUUCUUAAAAAUAAACAAUAAAAAAUAUUAAAAUAU